CACUACGUAUAAACCAAUGACCUAGUUACCUCGACCAGUAAAAAUAGCGGGCGACAAUAGCUCAAACACUAUUUUUAGUGCGUAUCUUUAAAAUCCCAAUCCACUCACCCUUAUCUCUCGCAUAGCAUCGCAUUGUUGUCUUAGCGAGUCGAGAAUCUGUCAGCGCGCGAACACGGUUACGGCGCAAGACAUAAAAUACAUCUAUAGAACGCCAUAGUACCGGCAAAAUCGAUAUUACGCCGCGUAAAGCCAGUCCGAGUUGUUUUUCGUCUGAACAUUAGUGCUCGUUUAGUUACCGCUAGAAUUUUUAGUUUAGUAAACAAGGGAACAUGUUUUAAAGGAAGACUGUAAAAUGGAAGGCAACUCUAAAAGGUACAUACGUAGCGAAUCAGCGAGUUGUGCACACAUGGUUGAAGAGAAUUCUGCAACGACUAGAAAAAGUACUGAUCCCCACGAGAAGUUGAAGGCUCUGUUAAACUCGCCAGAGGAGGACACGGACGACACCCUGCCGCCUUCAGACGCUCCUAAAUUCGGGACUGUCAUACACAACAGGAUCUUUGUGGGUGGGUUUUCUCUGACGACCACUGACGAGGAUCUGUGGAAGUUUUUCUCUGGCUUCGCAACGGUGACCGCUGCCAGGGUGAUCUACGACAGAGCUGGUGUCUCCAAAUGUUACGGCUUCGUUACAUUCGCAAGCCCGAGGGUUGCCAGACUUAUUGUUAAGCAGAGUGGAGGUGUGAUGUUCUCUCCGUUGGGUCGUUUGCGCGUGGCUCAGGCUGUCAGAAAACAGGUGACGAUGUCCGUGCAGAUGAGCCAGAUGCCAGUGGCAAGCGCGGAGGCGGCACAAGCGGCGCUGCCAGGCCCGCUGUGCUACCAGCUAGUGUGUGCACCGCCGCUCGCACCGCUGCCGGCCUGCGCGCCAUGUGACCUGCCACCGCAUCCAUACGCCAUCUAUCCACUGCCCUUUGACACGACGCCGGCUAUAUACGGUCCGCCGGCGCAGUACGCGCUGGUGCCAGCAGCAUUCAGCGCGGCGUGCUGCGAGCCCGCCUGCUGUGCGCCAUUGGACAAGCAGCCGCGUCCCCCGCACCCCCAGCUGCACCCCGCAUUCAUCUAUUGAACAACCCCCCACAACUCUUACAUCCCAUACAAACUAUCUCGACAAACGCUUGCCUAAAACUUACGUAAAUUAUCGCUGUGUAGAUAUUUUUUGAUGAGUUUUAUCCAUACAAAAACCUAAUAGAUUAUUUAAAACGAUAUAAAAGACAAUAGUUUUUGUGUAAUAAGCUAUAUUUUUCGCUCCAGUCUUCCAUAGAUAUUUCGUUAAUCAUUCACACGCUAUCAGAUGAACCUCGGAGUUUAGUGAACGAGUUAGUGAUUGGUUCGUGGCGAUGCGAGACGUGUUCAAGUAUUUAGACUCUAUGUGCGAGUGUUUUUGACGUUUUUGUCUAUUCGUGUGUCGUGUUAACUCUAUCUUCAUUUAACAUUAGUACUAUCGUAUUAGACUCUUUAGGCUUCAACUGGGUAUAAAGUGAAACCGUGAAUUCGCGUGCUAUCAGUCUGUACCGCUCUAUUUGUUUUAAAGUCUUCGUCUUAUAUUGACGAUAUUAUAUCUAAAUGUAUUUGUAACUUAAUGUAGGUUGUGUAAUCGAUUUGAAAUAUCUCAAAUUAUCAUUAUUAUAAUUACGUGCAAUUCGAGCACAACGAACAAAAUGGCACAAAUUGAAACUGUUAGUAAUAACAAAAUACCUCAUAACAAUUGUUGUAGCUUGUUAUCCUUUAAAAAGGAGUUUUGUUAUGUGUAUAAGAUUGUUAUGUUGCCCAAACACUUAGAACAGAGAAAAUAAUCUAUUUUUGAACGCUUUAGUUAUAUUGCUAAUGACAAUGAGAAUAUAUCUGGGGUCCAAGAUGUGAUAGGUGAUGUAGGUUUCGAAAUUUAUCGAACGGUUUGAGAAUAACCUUAAUUAUAUUUAAAUUUCGAAACGUACGUAACCGAAACCGUUAUUGAAUAUUGACUUGGGAAAGAGUUUUAUCAGGCAAUAAAUAAGGCAAAAAUGAAAUAUAAUUUGCCAUAGCGAUUGUUAAAGUUGUUAAUAAAAUGAUAUGUUAUAUUU